AUGUCGCUCGACCCGGAGCGCAACCGCGCCGCCGGCCUGCAGGGCCAGGUGGAGAAUCUGUCAAAGGAGAACAGCGCCGACUUUUGGGCCGAGCUCUCGGCGAAGCUCCCCUCAGGCAAGUCGGAGGAGGACAAGAAGCAGCGGAAGCAACUCUUCAACGCGUUCGACGCGAAUGGCAACGGGUGCCUCUCCCUCGCAGAGGUGGACAAGGGGAUUGGGACGGUCAUUAAGAACGAGGCCCUCUUCUCCGCAAAGCGGCCCAUCAUGCGCGCCUUCCAGGCCGCUAAGGGCCUCUCGCAGUCCAAGAAGCCGCUCGACGACGACACCAUCAACCGCAAAGAGUUCCAGGAGCUGCUCGGCUACCUGCGGCAGUACUUUGAGCUCUACGUCAUGUUUGCUGUCGUGGACAAGUCAGACGACAACAGAAGCGUGAAGGAUAUCCACCUCGAGAACCUCGAGAAAAAGAAAGAAAGAAAACAGACAAACCCAAACGAGGGAUAG